GUGAGAGCAGCAAGCUCUACAUAAACAGUCCCGGUCGGUCCGGUCCGUUACGGCUCCUUCCUAUUUUUAAAGGCAAGGCGGUGUAGGCAUUGUCAGUUUCUCUCUCGACUCUUCGCCUCCGCCUCCUCCCAGUUCCGGCUGUUUUGCUCCUCCUCUCUCUUCCCCCACCCCCCCACGCUCCGCUUCCUCCCCCCUCCCCGCCCUCUGGGGUGUGCGCGCGCGGGGUACCGCUGGCCGCCACCGCCGAGUGCCCCGGGCGCUUCGCGCACGUUCUCGCUCGCGCUCUCCCUCGCGUUCUCGGGAUCCCCUGGGGCUGGGGAGGCGUGCGGUGGGGGCGUGAGAGCUCGGCCGAAAGGAGGGGGAGACAAAGAGGGGAGGCACCGGCGACCCCCGAUUCCCGGCUCCGCUCCGCGCCUCCUCCCUCCCGUCCGCACCCCCACCCCCUCCUCCGGUCAGGAUGUGGAUCCAGGUCCGCACCAUAGACGGCACGGAGACGCGGACCAUCUACGACCUGUCGCGUCUCGCCAAGAUUGAGACGUUACGGGAGAAGAUCCGGGAGUUGUUUAAUGUAGCUCCGGACCGCCAGCGCCUCUUCUACCGGGGCAAGCAGUUGGAAGAUGGGCAUACUUUAUUUGAUUACAAUGUUGGACUGAAUGAUAUAGUUCAAUUGCUGAUACGUACAGAGCCUGAUGGUCCCACCACUUCAAUACAGACUAAGGGUGGUGAGGUAAAACCCCGUGCUAAGAGUAGCAGCAAAAGUAAAGCCAAGAAAAAAACAAGCAGUGGAUUUUCUAAUCAGCCUUCUACAUCAGCUCGUUCAUCUCUUAUUGAUCCAGGGAUAGGCGUAUAUAAGAUAAAUGAACUGGUGGAUGUUCGAGAUGAAGCCCUUGGUUCUUGGUUUGAAGCUCAUAUAAAGAAUGUGGUCCCUGCAACAAAACGUAAAAGUGGCAAAGCUAAAGCAAAGAGUGGCAGAAGGACUAAUGGAAAUUUAAGUCAUGAUCAUUCCAGAGGCAACACAAAUAAAUUGGACACUGCUCCCUCCACAUCUCACUCCUGUGUGAAUAGUGAAGAUGUUGUUUAUCAUAUCAAGUAUGACGAAUAUCCAGAAGAUGGUAUUGUAGAAAUAGCUCCCCAAAAUAUUCGACCACGAGCGAGAAAAACUCUGAAGUGGAAUGAACUAAAUGUAGGGGAUAUGGUGAUGGUGAACUACAAUGUAGACAUUCCCGAAGAAAGAGGAUUCUGGUACGAUGCAGAAAUUACCAUGUUGAAGGAAAUCUCAAGGACUAAAAAAGAAGUUCGUGCAAAAGUCAUGCUAGGUGGACCAGAAGAUACAAUAAAUGAUUGCAAGAUAAAGUUUAUAGAAGAAAUAUACAAGAAUGAAAAACCUGGAGCUCAUCCACUUUCAUUUGCAGAUGGACCUUUUACAAGAAAGAGUGGCCCUGAAUGCAAACAGUGCCAUGCAGAUCCAGUUAAAGAAUGCCGUGCGUGCUCCUGUUCUAUAUGUGGUGGCAAACAAGAGGCAAACAAGCAGCUGCUCUGUGAUGAGUGUAAUUCGGCCUUUCAUAUCUAUUGUCUGACUCCUCCUCUAAGCAAAAUUCCAGAAGAUGAAGACUGGUAUUGUCCUUCCUGUAAAACUGAUUCAAAUGAAGUUGUAAAAGCUGGUGAAAAACUCAAAAAGAGUAAAAAGAAAGCAAAGAUGCCAUCUGCUAGUACUGAAAGCCAUAGAGACUGGGGCAAGGGAAUGGCUUGUGUUGGUCGAACUACACAGUGUACUCUGGUACCUUCUAACCACUAUGGACCUAUACCGGGUGUUCCUGUUGGAACUACAUGGAAAUUUAGAGUUCAGGUGAGUGAGGCAGGUGUCCACAGACCUCAUGUUGGUGGAAUUCAUGGACGAAGCAACGAUGGGGCGUAUUCACUUGUGCUGGCAGGAGGUUUUGAGGAUGAAGUAGACCGAGGCGAUGAAUUCACUUAUACUGGAAGUGGUGGUAGAGAUCUUUCUGGUAAUAAAAGGAUUGGAGAACAUUCAUUUGAUCAAACAUUAACAAACAUGAACAGAGCAUUAGCCCUAAACUGUGAUGCUCCAUUGGAUAAUAAGAAUGGAGGAGAAUCAAAGAAUUGGAGAGCCGGUAAGCCAGUUCGAGUGAUACGCAGUGCAAAAGGACGGAGGAUCAGCAAAUACGCUCCUGAGGAAGGCAACCGAUAUGAUGGAAUUUACAAGGUGGUGAAAUACUGGCCAGAAAUUGGAAAAUGUGGAUUCUUGGUUUGGCGCUAUCUUCUGCGAAGGGAUGAUGUUGAACCUGCCCCUUGGACUGCAGAAGGAAUAGAACGAUCAAAGAAUCUCCGUCUAAGUGUUCAGUAUCCACCAGGCUAUGAACAAGCUAUGGCAAGUAAGGAAAAGAAAGAGAAUGUCAAAAAGCCACCUGUGGUGAAGGGGUCAAGCAAACGAAGAAGUGAAAAACAGAAAAGGUCAAUUGAUGUAGGUCAGGUUGAGCCUGGGAGUGGCUCCAAAACCAGAAGAAUGGCAGAUGGAGGGAAAGCUGAGACUUUCCAGCUGACCACACAACAGCAGAAUCUGAUCAGACAAGACUGUCCGAACCAGAAGCUAUGGGAUGAAGUGCUGGCAUCUCUGAAGGAAGGACCAAAUUUUCUGAAAAUACUGGAACAGUACUUCAUGUGUGUCUGCUGCCAGGAGUUGGUCUACCAGCCAGUGACCACGGAGUGCCUCCACAAUGUCUGUAAAAGUUGCUUACAGCGCUCCUUUCGAGCUGAAGUUUUCACCUGUCCUGCUUGUCGUCAUGACCUUGGAAGAGACUAUACUAUGGUUCCUAACAAGAUCCUGCAGACGUUACUUGACCAGUUCUACCCUGGCUAUAGCAAAGGACGAUGACAUGUCCAGCCUCUGUUCCUCCAGUGACUUUAUAGACAAUAAAGGAGAAUUCUAUCAUGAGGAAAAAGACAACAGUGGACCAAUAGACUUAAUGGGACUCAGCAGAUUUUUCACAUUCUGAAGCCGCUAACCCUCUUUCCCACCUUGCCACCAUCUUUUUUUGUAGUAAGAAAUCCAUUUAUCAACUGUCUUUCAACACCAAAAGGUAGGGCCCAGUUGUUACUUAUUGACAACUAGUAUUAAUGAAAAUGGAGGCUUCAACCCUGAUUGGUCAGCCUAGUGAUGCACAACUUAUGAGUUGUUUUAUUUUGUAACUACCUCAGGACAGAGGAAAGGGAUUUAGGGAAUUUUUUAAAACCGCUAAUUGGUCAACCGAAAUUUUAGCUACCUACUGCCUCCUUAAUAUUUUGCCUGGUCCAUGCAAUCUGAUUUUCCAGAAAAAUAAUUAGUAGCACUUAAGCCAGAUUAUAUGGUGUGCAUAAUCCUUUUUUAAAAUCAUCUUUUCUUCCAUUAUGUUUUUAUUUUAUUUUGCAAGAACAGGCUGAUUUUUGUCUAUUUUGGUGAGCUUCAUUGUGCUUUUUUCUUGUAUCUUAUGCAAGUUGACUACUAAUGACUAAUGAAAACCAUAUGGAUGCAUUGUUGCUACAUUAGUGUAAUGUGAUCUGUGUUUUUUGCACUUACAGAGGUAUUCAAAACAUUCUCAUUGUGUAAAAACAGUUUCAGUAAACAAGCCACUUUUGUGUGAGUUAAAUGUAUGCUUUCAGUAGGUCUUGUUAUCAGUGGCAAUACAUCUACAGCGCAUUACAGUACUAGCUUGGAGAGGGUUGAAAUCGCUUCAUAUUGUGAUCUUAAAUUUUAUAUACAGUAUAUUCCCCCAAAGUAUACCUUAUUAAAUAUUUUAUGAUUGAAA